UCAGCCAGCAGCCUCAGAAAGCGAGUCGGGGGCUUGAAUGAUGCGUUAAACACGUGUGCGUUGUACACCAGCAGCAGAAGAUUGUAUUGAGAGAGGAAGAUGCGGUUCUCGUCUGUCUUGCGGGCCCUGGAUGCGAGUUGGCGUGAGCGGUUUAACUCUUCUGGCCAGAACGUGGCCCACUGGUUCCCUGGACACAUGGCCAAAGGGUUAAAGGAUAUGAAGAGCCGCCUGCGAGUGGUGGACUGCUUGCUGGAAGUGCAUGAUGCCCGCAUCCCACUCUCAGGCCGGAACCCUCUGUUACAGGAAGCCCUGGGUAUCCGUCCACAUUUGUUGGUGUUGAAUAAAAUGGACCUGGCGGAUCUAACCCACAAACAGCGGAUUCUGGAAAGUUUGGAACAGCAAGGUUUUAAAAACGCCAUCUUCACAGAAUGCCUGAAAGAUGAAAAUAUCAAGAAGAUCGUUCCCCGUGUCACAGAACUGAUCCGCAACAGUAAGCGCUAUCAGCGGGUUGAGAAUGUGGAGACUUGCAUCAUGGUCACUGGUGUGCCCAAUGUGGGGAAGUCAUCACUCAUCAAUUCAAUGAGAAGGCUGCACCUCAGAAAAGGGAAAGCUUCCCUGGUUGGUGGGGUGCCGGGUAUUACCAGAGCUGUUCUCACCAAAAUCCAGGUGUGUGAACAACCCCUCAUGUUUUUAUUGGAUACUCCUGGGGUACUAUCUCCCCAAAUCCCGUGUGUGGAGACUGGGCUGAAGCUAGCACUAUGUGGAGCAAUCUUGGAUCACCUGGUAGGUGAGGAAGUCAUUGCUGAUUAUCUGCUUUACACACUGAACCGUCAAGAGCAGUUCAGUUACGUGGAACGUUAUGGGCUGGCCAGUCCCUGUGAUAAUGUGGAGAGUGUACUCAAGUGCAUUGCGUUGCAUUUAGGCAAGACCCACCGAGUCAAAGUCCUGACGGGCACAGGAAAUGUGACUGUGACCGCUCCGAACUACAAUGCAGCAGCUUCUGAAUUUAUCUACUCAUUCCGCAAGGGGCUUCUGGGGAAGGUGAUGCUUGACGAAGUUCAAUAGGUUUCUGUGUAAUACUAUUCUGAAGUUUUCUCCUGGAUAGUUCUAGGAGGUGCUUUCUGGAGCGGAAAGAGCACCUCCAUGCAGCUGAAUAGGGCUGUACGGCAAACCUCAUUUCUUUUCAUUAAGUCUGAACUACAUGCCACUAUUGCCAAUUUCACCUGCUGUUUUGCGGAGAUGGUUGCCAAACCCAGCUGUGGAGCCUUGAGAUGCGGCAACUGUGAGAGUGAUUUGUAAUUUUCUAUCGUAUUUUCUGUAUGUAUUCCUUUCCACUUCCACCCCCUUUCUUCUUGCUCCACGUGUCAGUUAAUCAUCUGUCCCGAAAAAGGGGAAAUCUUUUUUUUGGUUGGGCAAAAUGAUCACGUGGAGGCUAUUAUGGGUUAUAUUAUUAUUAUUGUUUAUUUAGAAUAUUUAUAUACCGCUCCCCAUUGAAAAAUUUCAGAGCGGUAUACAAGAUAAAAUGAAAAUGAAAACAGAAUAAAACAGUUAAAACAAAAUUUAAAAGAAGCAAAAACAGAGAUUCAAGGCUGCAUAUUAAGGAAAGGCUUCUUGGAAUAAAGAUGUUUUCAGGAGGCGCCAAAAGAGUACAAGGUUGGUGCCUGCCUGACCUCCAGAGGCAGGGAAUUCCACAGGAGAGGGGCCACCACGCUGAAGGCUCUUCCCCUGGUGGACUCCAAUUGGAGGAUGGAUCAAUGUGGAACCACCAGGAGCAGGCCCUCGGAUGUCCUCAGUGACCGGGGCAGGUUGGUAAGGGAGAAGGCGCUCUCUCGGGUAUCCUGGUCCCAAGUUGUUUAGGGUUGCUGUGUCUGUGACAUGAAAUUACUUGAACUCCUUUGGAACAGUUUGUCAACCAGUUACCCAACAUACUAAGCUAAAUGAUGACCUGAUGGUACCCUCCUUCGGCUGGCACAGUAAACUACUUUUGAAGGGCACUUCACUGUUGCUCGCUGCUCCCCUUGAGCUUGUGUGGCUCAGGUGAGUGCUUUCAGCUUCUCUUUGCCUUUAAAGCAAUACAGGGGAGUUCUGUCAUUCACCUCCAUUUAUAAAACCAUGGAUAUUUUUUUUUGUUAAACUUUAAUUUGUUUGAACCGUUACUGUAAGCUACCUAGGAAAGACGGCUAACAAAUACUUUUAAUAAAUGAAAUAAAUUGUU